UGCAUGCUUGAACACAAACACGCAGCUGAAAUGAGCUGUUAAAAACACUGCUGAUUCAGUGUGACUGAAGGGUGUAGCAGACACUUCUCUAAUCGUCAUAAGAAAAAAAAACACUGUCAGAUUGAACUAAAACAAUCGAACCGUGUGCGCACAUACACGCACACAUACUCAGCUGAGCUUGAAUGCAAUAAAGCUGAUAAGCCACUUUUUCUCCACUUCCCCAAAUUUCUACAUGCGGCUCAUCUUUCUGUCCAUCAGACAGUCAUAUUUCUCAUUCUGAGGACGGACAGCGUGGCUCGGUUCGACUGAUGGACAUGAGGUCUCUGCUGACACUGACAGUGUUGCUGGCUCUCAUAAGAAAAGACAACGGACAAAGCCAAAAACCAACAGUGUCUCUCCUGCCGAGGUUCCCAGAUGUGUUUGUUGGAGAUGACAUCACUCUGAUCUGUAAAGGAGGGAGUGGAACGAUAAAAUGGUUCAUUAAUGGAGUACAACAAUCACAUCAGGAUUCUUCAAUGGUUCUUACAGCAGUGACAUCAAAAAACAGCGGGGGGUAUGAAUGUGAGCAGGGUGGAUCGAAGAGCAACAAUUUAUCAAUCAAUGUCCUGGAGCUGGAGCCUCACGCUCAGCUCUCUCCAUCUAUAGGUGGCGCUGUGAUGUCCAAAGGCGAUGGAAGAAACCUGGUGCUGCAGGUGGACGAUGAUCCGAAGGGCUGGGUGUGUUUUGUGUUGCGGGGAGAGAACGGCUUCAGAAUACAACCCCCUGUUAAUGAGAAGAGGACUGUUAUAUUUGCAGAAUUAAAUGAAGCAAAAAGAGCCACUUUCUGGUGCAAGAAGGGUACACAACGAAGUAAUGCGGUGACACUGAAAAUGACAGAGCUCAGGGUGAUGUUGGAGCCUCCGGCCGUUCCUGCACUGUUGGGGGAGAGUGUGGCUCUCAGGUGUGUAGUCUGGGGUGGAGGGAAAGUGGAAAAUGCUGUGUUCUCAAAGAAUAACAUGCCAAUCCCAAACAAAAUGAAAGACACGUACAUCAUCACCAACGCCACACAAGCUCACACCGGCAAGUACAGCUGCCGCGCCACCUACAGGUACAGCCACAUCAGUCCAGAUGCUGCCCAGCAGGAAGGAAUUUCUGAUGCCCAGGAGUUAAAAUUUAUAGGUGGACCUCCUGCUGCUACGGUGGAUUCAACAUCUACUACAAGUCUGCGGUGUUCCUGCAAUGACUGUCCUGCCGACUGCACAUCUUACCGCUGGUAUCUCACACCCUUUGAUGACUCAUUUGCACGCCAAAGACUAUCUGAAAAUGGCCAGUAUAUUGAGAUGGAUGAAGAAGGACUGUACAGCUGCCGAAUGGACUGCGGGAAAGGUUUCUCCCGCUUCAGCAAAGUUUACGGAGCUCAACCAACACCAGAGUCUGUAAAUGUGCUGCCCAUCAUUGUGGCUGCAAUUCUGAUGGUUCUCGGGGUGUUGAUCGUGGUGCUCGUCGCGUUGAAGUGCAGAAGACGUGGAGAAAGCAGUGUUCAGACGACCGAACGGGAUAAAGACAAGAAGACAGGUGGAGACUAUGAGCAAAUCCAACUCACCGAUCAGGCGGUUUACCACACACUAGGUGAGAGCACAGAUAAGGACAAGGGCGAGGGUGGUUACGAAGCUCUACAAAAGAGGCAGGAGGAGACGGUGUACCACACACUAGCACCUGGAGAAGGUCAAAGUCAAGGUGAAGGUCAAGGUGGGUACGAGGCUCUUAAGAACGUGAAAGCAGAGGUGUACCAGACACUGAGUUCAGCUGAAUCAAAAACACCGGCAGGAGAAUCAGAGGGAGGGUAUGAGCAGCUUCCUCAGAAAGCCAAAGAUUAUGAGGCCGUGACAGUAGAAGAAAAUCCAUAUGAAGAACUGAAGGCCGGACAACAGGAUAAGAAACAGACAAGCAAAGAUAAAGAAGAAGAAAAAGCAUCAGAUUAAUGUUAACUAAUAGCCAAAUGGCUAAUUAUGCUGCCUUCACCUGCUAUCAGAAUUAUCUUAAAUACAAGUUUCCUAGGUAAAAAUAGCACAUGAACACCCUCCCAUUUUGAAAAUUGAAAGCGAUUAACUUCAGAAGUGGGAAUUAUCAAAUUUCCGAUAGCAAGUGAGAGCAGCAUUAGUCAAUAAAGGUAAAAAAAAAAAAACCUUGCCAAUGGUUAAUACAGUUAAUUGAGUGCAGGAUUCUCGACCCCAAAAUUAAAAUUCUCCCAUCAUUUACUCACCCUCAUGCUGUCGCAGAUGUAUGGCUUUCUUUCAUUAUAUGAACAUGAAGAUUUUAAGAAAAAAUAAUCCCAUUAUAGGCUACAUGCAUUAUAUCGACGGUAUUCCAGACGAUCCCAACUGAUGAAUCAAUGUCUUCUGAAGCUAAACGAUAUGUGUGUGAGAGAAAAAUACUAAUAUUUAAACGUUCAAACUAAUAUUUUAACUAUAAACCACAGCUUCCAGCCAACUGUCACAUGUGAAAACACAGCGGUCCGUUACUUCUUCAUUAUAGACAUUGAUCUGGGAUGGCAUAAAUCAUGAUAUUUUUCUUUUUUUGGGGUGGAGUAAACCUUUAAUAUAAUGAAGGUUACAAUAAUAAUAUGAAAUCAAUUUCAUAUCCUCACCUCUGGGACACAUAGAGAUGCUCUGGAGAGUGAACGUGACUUUAACCUCCAUUUUCUGGUCAAAAACCUCCUCAAAAGUGUGUCCCGGUGGUGUUUCAUAAGAUCCCAGACAAUCCACUGCAAACUCACAUUCAGACCAGACUCCGUUACGAUCUGAAACGCCACUUUAACUCAAUUGGUCCAGGCAUUAGUGGCGAAAAAUAACGCACUUCACCUUUAAAGAAAGAGACUGUUACUAGGUCUAAAUAAAGAAAGAAAUGAAAUAAAUAUAUAAUAUAAUAUGAGAACAAAAACAUAUAUACAGUUAACACAACAAACAAGUUCACAAAAUUACAGUUACAUAUCCACAUUCACAGGUUUAUACAUUUGCUUGCAGUUAAGAGAAUUCAGAUAGGCCUACAAUUAUAUAACAGAAGAAAAGUUAGUUUUGUGCAAUAAAGCUGAAGGAUGGAAAGCACAGAAAUCUAAAGGCUAUGAAUGUAUACUAUUAGCAUCACGCAUAAAUAAGCACCAAACACACACAACAUAUAGAUUCACCUUAGGCAAUUAAACACACACAAUUACACAGAAUCAGUUAUUGUGAAUGUCUGCGUGAAGUUAUAGUUAUUGAUUGUACAGUUUAUGCUAUUAAAGUUUAUCUGUGGGGCUGAAGAGCAUUAACACGUCGUUACUAAAUGUACUGAUUUCUGAGCUUUUUAAUAAUUUCACUGGUUUAACAAUAGAUUUAUUAUAUAAGCAAUGAUAUUUCAAGUAGUGUCAUUCUCAGCUUCAUGUAAAUGCAUUUGGAUUCUUGUUUAAUUUUUAUACUAUUUCAUUCUUUAAUAAUGUUUGUUGUCAGAUCUUAAUUAUAGUUAUUGUGUUUUUAUGACGCAUGUUGUUUUGUAACCUAUGUUGUUUUAAUAAAGAAUUUUUAAGAAUACAAAAAGCAAUGCAUUUUCUGUUUGUUUAAUUGAAGAUGUAACCUAUAGCAAAAUGACCACAGCUUUAUAAUCCAAUGCAAUAUUGCAAUGCAACUGUAGUUCAGACUUUCUCCACUAAAGAGCAAACUGGAGCCCAUCAUCAAACCUGCUCUUGUCGAAGUUCACCACUAGAGGUCACUGCAGGAUUGAUUUGGGUUCCUGGUUUCACUCACUGAUUAGUAAUUUUGCUUUUGCUAGUGAUUAUACACCAUUUAUUCCUGUUCCAUGUAUAGUAUCUUUUGUUAAUUCCAAGUGUUCAAAUUAAAUUGUGUAUAAAUUAA